AUCGGCUUCCUGGAGGCGCUCAAACAGUACGACUACCAGUGCUUUAUUUUCCAUGACGUGGACCUUAUUCCCGAGGACGACAGGAAUCUGUACACCUGUCCCGAUCAGCCCCGGCAUAUGUCUGUGGCCAUCGAUAAGUUCAGCUACAGACUUCCCUACAAAGACCUCUUCGGCGGUGUCAGUGCACUGACGACCGAACAAUUCAAGAGAAUUAAUGGCUUUUCCAACGAGUUCUGGGGCUGGGGUGGAGAGGACGACGACAUGUCCAAUAGAGUGCGUCAUUAUGGUUACAAAAUCAGCAGAUACUCGGCCAGUAUUGCUAGAUAUAAAAUGCUCAAACAUAAGGGCGAUACACCCAAUCCCGAUAGAUAUAAGAAGCUAUACAGCGGUAAACGGCGUUACAAAACGGAUGGCAUUAAUAACAUUAAGUACAAAGUGGUGGACCUGGUCUUUAAAAGGCUGUACACCUGGAUUCUGGUAGACCUCAAGUCCCCGUAAUCGCCGCACCGCUGUGAUGAAUGUCAGCCAUGAACUGACAGCACCGUUAUUAUGGUCACAAUCGGGCCAACCGUUUGGCACAAAAUUGUUACUCAAAUUUGUUAUAUAAUGGGACCGAAAGUCCCGAAACAAACACACUAUUAAAACACACAAAACAAAAUCCACUAUUUAUUAGAC